GCAGCGUGAGCGUGCGCGGGUAGAGGCCGGGCCGGGCCGGGCCGGGCCGGGCCGGCCAGGCCAUGCGGGAAAGCCCGCGGCGGCCCCCCCCCUCCCCGCGCGCAUGCGCACGAGUGAGGAGGUGCGGGCAGCGCGCGCGGGGCAGGCGGCGGCGCCCCCCCGCGGCGGCGCGAUGGAGCUGGAGGCGGCGCGGCGCGCGGUGCUGGCCGCGGUGCGGGGCACGCGCGCUGCCGACCUGCCGCGCCUGCUGCACUGGAUGCGCAACACCAAUGACUUUGAUGAGCUUGUGGUGACUAACAAUGAUGUUGUGCUUAAAAAUAUCGCUGAAGAUUUGCGGAAUCGUUUACCCAUGGAGGCAAUGUUUAAUUCGGAACAUCAAGCUGUUCAGAAAAUACACCAGCAUCCACUGCCCAUGAUUCAUGUUGAUGCAUUCCUUUAUGAUGAUGAUUUUGUUGAUUCAUUGUGUGAGGAGGGGAAAAUGAGUAGGAGCUACUGCACAGAGUGUGGCUCAUACAAGACUGCAUCUUUAGAGUUUAUUUCGCAUUCCUUUUCCCUCAUGGAACUGAAGUUUCUUUAUCAACAUGUACUGCCUGACCUGACAGGAAAGGUAGUGGUUGACGUUGGCUCCAGGCUUGGUGCAGUGCUAUUUGCGGGUUAUCUUUAUAGCUCAGCAUCCCAACUGUAUGGAGUAGAAAUGAAUGCAGACUUUUGUCAGUUGCAAGAAAUGAUGAUUACAAAAUACCAGUUCAUUGACAGAAUUAAGGUGGUUCACGCAGACAUCUGUACUCAGGCUUCACUUCUUCAGGCGGCUGAUGUUGUUGUAAUGAAUAAUGUCUUUGAAUAUUUUCUUGACAGACAGGAACAGGCUAGAGCUUGGGAAUUUGUUGCUUGUAAUGUAAGAAAAAGAGGGUCCUUAUUAGUGACAGUUCCAAGCCUUACAGAAUCACUUUCAAAGGUCCAGACAGAUAUACAGCUUGGCCAAUGGGUCGAAGAGAUGCAGCUAAACUAUGAUGUGUAUAUGGAAAAGGAUGUUGACAGAGAAGCACUUGAGCAAAUACAUUUAUACAAGAUUCUCUAGUACCUGGGAGAAUUUACUAGUAUCCUUGUAAUGUUAUAUAUUUUGGGUCUAAAAGGAAUUUGGAUUGAUUUGUGUGAAUAAAUCAGGUCAAAAUUCUUACUGUGAUAAAUCUGAGUCAUAUUUGUGGUUUGUAAUGAAAAAGAGUCUUUUGAAACAGGUUUUCUUAUGGAGGCAUUCUGUAUCAACAGAGUAUAUUGAUUUUUAACUAGGAGAUAUCCUUAUAGUUUAAUUUUUGCAGAAAUUUUGGAGAGAGUGGGUACAUACUGAUGCUGAAAGAAUUUUUGUUCAUUGCUAAUGUUUGCUAAAUAUAUCAAACUUAAGAAUAGCAAAUCAUUAAUAAUGUGAAUGAUAAGAAUGCAUUUAGUAUGUUACUUGAAGGCUGCAGUACAUCAGAGUUUGUUGUUUUGUUUUGAUACAGACCAUUUAUUAUCAGUAAUAAUAUUUAUUAUUAACAGUAUUAUCUUUAAUUUUCUCCUGUAGAAUUUGUGGGCUUUCUUUCCAGGGUCUGUUUGAUAACCAGAGCAUCCACUGGCAUCAGUUAUGAGAAGCAAGUCCUUCUGUUUAGUUACUUAUCCUUAAGGCAGGUAUUAACAUAAAACAACAAAAGACAUUGAGGAGCCAUUGAGAAUUAAUACAGUGAGUCUGGGACGACAGAACUCUGUUCCACUUCCUGCACUUCUGCUGGGGAUGGUAGGAAGUGUAAUAAGGGGUUAAGAAGCUGAAAAUUCUGAACAGGUGUCACGGCUUAGCGGGGGCUUGGUGGUGGCGUAAAACAUUGGAAAUUCGUAACAGAGCCUCCUCGGAGAGAAGAGAUCCACAUACGCCCACCACAUUUACAUUUAGAUCGUACGUUCUAAGGAUGUGAAGCUUUUAGUCAGCUGAAGAAUGUUUCAGUUUUUAGCAAACAUUAACAAUCCGAGUGCAAAAAUACUAACUUUGGGAGUUGUGGACUAAGUGUGCCGGGAAUUUAGAAGCACUGUUAAAAGUUUGCUACACAACUUAGGUCUAGUGCAAAUGGGAAAACUUUAAAUUGGUUUUAAGUCUUCAAAUGAUUUACAAGUCAGUGAACUUGAUAAUAUACACUGUAAGCAAAAAGGAACAGUGGCCCUUAGGCACUCAUGAACAUAGUAAGUAAAUGGUACUGUAGAAGGGAUAGUGAAUUUAAACAAGUCUUAUUUUCAUGGUCUGUUUGGAGUGGAAGAAGAUGUUUUUACCUUGAGUGAUACUGAACCACUGUGUUGAAUCUUGCAUUUAAAAGUUAACAAAGAUGGAAAUCUUUUUCUUAAAAUGUUUAGUUUAUUAAAGAAUAAUAAUUGAACUGUU